AUGGGGUUUCGCAACAACAACCUCGGCCUCCAACAGAUGUCCUUUCAGAGACCUCCAGACCCUGUGGAACUGCCAAGCUACAAGUGGCUCCUCACUGUUUACAGCAAGGACAUUCUACACAGGCUGGAUGACAUCAAGGCAGCCAUCACUUCAACUUAUGGGUCUAUCUUAAAAAUGGACUCGACUAAAAAAAUCACGAAAAAAUUGAGUGGGCCUGCGAAGGGGACGGCACAGUGGAUGACGUCUGUGGGCAACGAAUUCGGCCAGGUACUCAUCAGCGUCCUGACUACAGAUGAGGGUAAUGGGCUUGACGCGAUGACAGCGGGGUUGGUUGAGCGAUACAGAAGGGCAGGCGUUUCUCCACCAACUGUGCUCUAUGUGGACUGCCACUGCUGCAAGGAGGCGGGAGACACUAAGCUGAAGCAGCGGUUUGGUGGCUGGCCAGGUAUCAUCAUCCGCCUUGACAUCUGGCAUUUCAUGCGACGCCUGGCUGGAGGGGUCACAACAGAUGCCCAUCAGCUUUACCCCAUCUUUAUGGCAAGGCUGUCAGCAUGCAUUUUUGAAUGGGACGCUGAGGACCUUGCUCUCCUGCGAAGGGCCAAGAGGGAGCAGCUGACCAAAGAAGGCCUGCCCACGGCUUCUCUGACAGAUGUGAUAGUGGACAACUGCAUCACCAAGGCAGAGCUGGCACUUCACUGUAGGAGACGGACGCGCGGGACGGACAACACCAUCCGCCUCCUGGGGAAGCUGAUAGAGGAGCUCAGCGGGCCGAAAGGGAGAGAUGCAAUGGGAGUAGGUUUGUUUGAGCCGGUACGAAUACAGCACUUGUGGAAUAUCCAGAAGCGCCACGUGGGAUGCAUCCAGGACCUUCCAGAUGUGCCACUCUACACUCAAACGGGAACUCUCAACAAGGGUGGAGUGGCCUUGAAAACGUACAGAUGUGCCAGAGGUUCGACAUCCUUGGAGUCCUUCCACUGCCACCUUGCCAGGUUUAUUCCAGGGAACAGCGCCAACAGCCUCAAUUUCCAGAUUUAUCUUCUGGAAGGCCUGUUCCGUUGGAAUAAAGACCGCGCUGCAGCUGCACUUGCUGUUGGGGACGACUCACGCUUGCGGACCUACUCUGGGGAGCUGGUGUAUGCUGUCAACACCAACUACACAGCAUUAUUUGGCGUACCAUUGAUCCCUGGCUUCUCUCCACCUGCAGCAUACACAGGUGAGCUGAUUGGAGUCCAGUACUUGUUGAGGCAGAGUCGACAGCCCCUGGAGGACAUGACACCUGGGUCACCAAGGACCUCAGAAUUGCUGGAGGACAUCUCUGUAGAACAAGAAGUGGAAGAAGACGAAGGCUUCAUUGAUACUUUAGGAGAGGAGGCCAUUGUGGAUGUUCUAGUGGCACCAGAUGCUGAGCUUCCUGUCAUCCAUCGACCCACUCCCCAGGAUCCACGUGCCCAGCUGCCUACCGUCCAGGUGCCAACCCCUCCUCAGCUGUCUACCGUCCAGCUGCCAACCCCUCCACAGCUGCCUACCGUCCAGCUGCCAACCCCUCCUCAGCUGCCUGCCGUCCAGCUGCCAACCCCUCCUCAGCUGCCAACCCCUCCUCAGCUGCCUGCCGUCCAGGUGCCUCCUCAGCUGCCUGCCGUCCAGGUGUCUCCUCAGCUGCCUGCCGUCCAGGUGCCUCCUCAGCUGCCUACCGUCCAGCUGCCUCCUCAGCUGCCAACCCCUCCUCAGCUGUCUACCGUCCAGGUGCCUCCUCAGCUGCCUGCUGUCCAGGGUCCAUUUCUGCUGCCCGCUGCCCCGACUCCUCCUGCUCCUCCGGUGCGAGCAAGUGGACAUGGCAUUCCUGGACUGGCUAGAGCUGAUGAGUUGGCAGAGUACCUGGUUGAGUUGAGGAGCCAGACCAGCCUGGUACUCAGUCCACAGCAGGAGGACACAAUUGUUGGCUUGUGGCAGAACCUGGACCCAUAUGAUAAAGAGAAGUUGAAAAGCGGAAGUACACCCGCACAGUAA